UGUGCUGCGCAUAAACAUGAAACAUAUUUAGUCUUACUGCAGUCUGAAUAGAGAUAUCUAGGCAGUAGUUUGCAAAUUUCGCACAAAGCUGAAAGAAACGGGUCUGUCUUCGGUUCCGCUCCUCCUUUUCGGAUCAAAAGUCGUAAAUCUUUAUCGCAGAUUCCCCAAGGUCUGACAGUAUUUUUUCCCAUUGUUUUCCUUGUAGAUAACAAUAAUAACUUUAUACAUAAUUAUACAAACGUGAGCACGCCUGGUUCUAUAAUGUCUCCGUAAAACAAACCGCUAACUAUCUCCAGCUGCUUUAUUUCUGUCCUCGGUUCCUCCGGCUCGGUACCGUGCGCGGCGCUGCUUUUCCUCCGGGCCGGUACCGCUCUCCCUGCCAUGGUUCCUCCUGCUCGAUGCCGCUCGCCGCGCUGCGGUUCCUCCGGCCCAGUGUCUCUAGCAGUGCAGUGGCCCGGCUUGUGGGGGAGGACCGCAGGCGAGGUAAACAAGCAGCCCGUCAUCAGCAGGCGGCGGGAACAUGGCGGCGGCGCCACGCUCGGCUGCAGCGCUCUUCCGCGGAGCCGAAGGUCGGAGGCGGCCGUGACGACCGCUGUGCCGGAGAAGACGAGCCGCGUUGCUGAUAUGUGCUGAAGAUGAGCAGCGGCAGUGACCACGCCUCCGACCCCGCGAGGGCGGAGUCCCGCAAGCGUAAGGAGGGUCCGACUGACCACCUGGGACCCAGCCCCAAACGCACCAUUGAGCGGCGGAACCGCGAGCAUGAGAAUAAAUACAUCGAGGAGCUGGCCGAGCUGAUCUUCGCCAACUUCAGUGACAUCGACAACUUCAACGUCAAGCCCGACAAAUGCGCCAUCCUCAAGGAGACCGUCAAGCAGAUCCGCCAGAUCAAGGAGCAAGAGAAGUCCUCCACGGCAAGCGAUGAAGAGGUCCAGAAGGCUGACGUCUCGUCCACGGGGCAGAGCGUCAUCGACAAGGACGCCCUCGGACCCAUGAUGCUGGAGGCCCUGGACGGGUUCUUCUUCGUGGUGAACAUGGAGGGGCACAUCGUCUUUGUGUCUGAGAACGUGACGCAGUACCUGCACUACAACCAGGAGGAGCUAAUGAACACCAGUGUGUACAGCAUCCUGCAUGUGGGCGACCACGCCGAGUUCAUCAAGAACCUGCUGCCCAAGUCACUUGUGAACGGCGCCCCCUGGUCCGGUGAGAACCCCCGCAGGAACAGCCACACAUUCACCUGCCGCAUGCUGGUGAACCCGCAGUGCGAGGCAGACGAGGAGGCGCGCGGCGGCGCAGAGACACGCCAGAAGUAUGAGACCAUGCAGUGCUUUGCGGUGUCUGAGCCGCGCUCCAUCACCGAGGAGGGAGAAGACCUGCAGUCAUGUCUGAUCUGCGUGGCCAGGAGAAUCCCCAUGAAGGAGAGACCGGUGGCUCCGUCCCAGGAGAGCUUCACCACCCGGCAGGACCUGCAAGGCAAGAUCACCUCACUGGAUACCAGUCUGCUCCGGGCCUCCAUGAAGCCGGGCUGGGAGGAUCUAGUGCGACGCUGCAUCCAGCGCUUCCACCUGCAGAGCGACGGCGAGAUGUCCUUCGCCAAGCGGCACCAGCAGGAAGUGUUGAGGCAGGGCCAGGCCUUCAGCCCUAUGUACCGCUUCUCUCUGUCCGAUGGUACCAUCGUGUCGGCCCACACCAAGAGCAAGCUGGUGCGCUCGCCGGCCACCAAUGAGCCGCAGCUCUACAUGUCACUGCACGUCCUGCAGAGAGAGCCGCCGGUGUGCAGCAUGAACCCGGAGCUCGGCUGCCCAGGGAUGGGGAAGACGAUGGGUCCCGUCUCUUCCGGUGGUGUCCCGCCUAGCAUCCAAGCAUCUGAGGCCCCCGCCGGCGGCAACCCGGGCUUUGCCACGGCCGCCGGUCUGAAGGAGCCGCCUCAUGGGUACCGCUUCGGAGGCCCAGGAUCCAGCCACCCAGCAGCCCCUGUCCAGGCUCCUAAGUAUGGGAUGCGGAUGGGCAGCCCGUCACAGAGCAGCCCCUGCCUGGCUCCCGGGCCCCAGGCCACCAUGAUGUCGCCCCGGCACCCCGGCAGCCCCCGUGUGCCCCCCCCGCAGUUCUCCCCCGCCGGCAUGUGCGGUGGCCCGGGAAACGGCCACAGCUAUACCAGCACGUCGUUAAACGCUCUGCAGGCACUCAGCGAAUGUCACACGGUCCCGCUGGGCGCCGCUCUGGGGUCCCCCGAGGCCAAGGUGGGCUCACCCAACCACCACGCCCUCGCCAAGGCUGAUUUCAAGGAUCCCUUCGGCUCUUACGGCGAGCAGGGCCCCCCCGACCCGGCCCAGCAGCAGGAGGCCCCCGUUGAACCCAAGGAGGAGAAGGAGAGCAGCCUCGGGCAGUAUGGUGGCAGCGGCAGCGAGAGGCCAGAACUCCAGGGCCGGUCCCACGAGGGGAAGAGCCAUACCAAGCUGCUGCAACUACUCACCAAGACGGAGCCUGUGGACCCGUCCUCUCCCGCAGCCCCGGGGGACCCCACCGGCAAGGACACCCCGGGUGGCGGCGGGCUCGGGGCCCAUGUCACUUCGCUGAAGGAGAAGCACAAGAUCCUGCACCAGUUGCUGCAGAACAGCACAUCACCCGUGGACCUGGCGCGGCUCACCGCUGAGGCCACUGGCAAGGAGCUGUGUCCGGACGGCGCGGGGGCAGCCGAGCUCGGCGGCAAGCAGGAGCCCGUCAGCCCCAAGAAGAAGGACAACGCGCUGCUGCGCUAUCUGCUGGACAAGGACGACUCGCAGGAGAAGGCGGGCCGGGGGGCGGAGCCAGGCGAUGGAAAGGCGGAGCCCAAGCUGCCCGUCGUUAAGGCCGAGAAGCCGGAUGGCAGCUGUGACCAGUCAGUGCAGUCUAGCGAAUUGGACCACAUUCUGGACGACUUGCAGAACCAGCACCCGCUGUUCCCGGAGAGUCGGCCCAUGUCGCUUCCUGCCGCCAUGGACAAGCAGUCCAUCAUUAACGACAUCCUGCAGAUCACAGGCGAGGGCGGCCCCAGUCCAGGCCCUGCCCCCAUCCCCGGUGGACCCAUGGCGGCGCAGAAGGCCUUCCCUGGCAUGACCCAGAGCAGUUUCGGGGUCCCCAGACCGGGCCCACCAGGGAGGGGCCCACCGACACGCAGCGUCUCCCUGGACGUGAACAUGGGGCCGCAGAACUCCCAGGGGCCCUUCCCUGCCGUGAGGAGCAGCAGCAUGCAGCAGGUCAUGCAGCAGGUCAUGAUGGGCAACCAGGCGGGCAUGGUCAGCGCAGGGAUGCUUGGUGCUAACCCCCCUCGAGGCGGCAUGCCGGCAGAGGCCUGGGGCCCCCAGGGGCCCGCUGUGAGCAACUCCAUGAGCCAGCCCCUGCAGCAGGGAGUGGGGCCCGCUCGCAUGCCCCCCAACUCUGCCACCGGCCUCCCCAUGCGGCCCAGCAGCCAGCCCCCACCCCGGCCGAUGCUUCAGCCGCAGAUGAUGGCCGCUGCACAACCGGACCUGGGUAUGCAGGGAGGCCAGUUCUCACAGCAGCAGGCAUCAUCCAACCAGACGGCCCCAUGGCCUGACAGCAUGCUACACAUGGAGCAAGGGCCCUAUGGCGGCCAGAACAGACCUGCAUACGGGAGCCCCCAGGAGGAGGCCAUGUGUCCACCCCCACCAUCAGAGGGCCCCACCGACGAGGGGAAUCUACUGAACCAACUGUACAGUGCACUGAAGGACUUUGAUGGCCUGGAGGAGAUUGACCGUGCUCUGGGCAUCCCCGCUCUGGUCAACCAGCAGGGCCAGGUGGUGGAACCGGAGCACUUCCAGGCGCAGGAUCCUGGGCUGAUGAUGGAGCAGAAGCCCCCUGUGUACGGGCAGCAGUACACCCCAGCCGGUCACAUGACGCAGGGCGGCUACCCCAUGUCGGACCCCAGCUUCCACCCCAUGGGCCAGAUGGGUCAGCGGCCCGGCUACCCCGUGAUGCGCAUCGCGACCCGGCCGGCUCUGCGGGCCGCCCCCGGGGUGUCCAGCCCGCCCAACGCGCUGAGACUGCAGCUGCAGCACCGGCUCCAGGCCCAGCAGAACCGGCAGCCUAUGAUGAACCCCAUGCAAGGCAUGUCCAACCUGCCUCUCCGAGCCAGCAUGCCCCCGCAGGGGCCCAUCAACGCCCAGAUGCAGGCGCAGCGCCAGCGGGAGAACCUGAGCAACCUGCUCCGCCAGCGGCAACAGCAGCAGCAGCAGCAGCAGCGCCACAUGCUCCUGCGGGCCCCGGGCCUCGGCAUGGCCCCCGCCGGGGCCGCCACCUCCCCCGCCAUGCAGGGCACCAUCAGCAACCCGCGCAUCCCCCAGGCCAACCCCCAGCAGUUCCCCUUCCCACCAAGCUACGGUAUGAAUCAGCAACCGGAUGCCGGCUUUGGGGGGGCCACAACUCCCCAGAGCCCACUGAUGUCCCCCAGGAUGAGCCACGCCCAGAGUCCCAUGAUGCAGCAGGCACAGGCCAGCGCCGCCUACCAGGCCUCCCCGGACGUGAACGGCUGGGCGCAGGGCAACGUCAGCGGGACUGGCAUGUUCCCCCAGCAGUCGCCCCCCCAGUUCGGCCAGCAGUCCGACGGAGGUGUCUACAAUGGCGCUGGGGGCAUGAAUGUCAACGUGCCCGGUGGCCUGAACGGCAUGGGUCAGAUGCCUGGCCAGGUGGGCAUGGGCCCCAUGGGCUCUGUGCCCACCCCCGGCCUGCCCUCAAUGGGCCCCGAGCAGAAGUACUGUUGACCCUGGACGGCAGUGGGACAGCAACCCGCGGACAUGGCCCGCCCACCCAAGGAGGUCACUCAUCUGCUCAGCGGCGCCCCACCCCCCCCCUCAUCGGGCGUGACCUGGGUGGGGUGACUCCGCCAGCCUCCAGCUCCUCAUCCAAUGAAUGUAUUCUUCUCUGGGGACAACCAUCACCUUCUCGAUCUCAUCUCAGCCAAAGGACCAUGCGUGGUCUAGGCCCCGCCCCCCCCCCCCCCCCCCCCAAAGCAGCCUGGGGGGUCCCUCUGCUGUCCCACAUGUCCAUAGUGUUCUCAGUUUGACCAUUUUUGCAUUUUUCUUAUUUCCACUGUUGCUUUUGUCUUUGUGUGCGAUAAGGAUUUAAAGGUUUUUAACUGAAUCAUUAUAGGCAGUGGUGGUGGCGUGUCAAGCUUUCAAAAUGCUGUACAAUUGUUCAAAUGGUUUGUAUUAUAAGACUGCUCUGGUCUAAAGAGAGGUUUAUAGUGUGUUAAAUUAAGUUUUGUUGUGUAUAAUUUUUUUUCCAUGACUUUAUGAGCUGUUGGUAAGCAAAGUAAACUCACGAUCAGUGUCUCAGGGGUUGCUGUGUAAGUAAACCUCAGAACUAUUUCUGUAAUGUCAAAAAUAUGAAUUUCUCUGUUUUGAACUAUGAUUUUUGAAAUAAUAGACUCUUGUGGUUGCGAUAAAAGGGGGCGUGAGUAAGGUGUACAUAAUGAUUAAAAUGUCUGUUUUUAAUUUAAGUUCUUUCUCUCUCCCAGGCCUGGUCUUGACCGCUUCUGGUCCGAGAGUUAGACUUUGGGGUUCGGGGUUUUGGGUCUGCAGCUGUUUGUCGCAGAGAAGCCCUGCAGGGUGUACAGUGUACAGAUGUCGCCUGCUUCUCGCUGCCCGGCGUAGAUAGAUAGGACAGGGGAACCGUGUGAGUGAGCCAGCCCUGAUCUGCGUGCUGGGCUCGCUGACGGCAGCUAGCUGGGGUGCGCGUGCCUGUGUGUCUGUAACCAAGCAAUAACUAUCCAGCGAGAGCCCAACCCUUUUUUAUGUUUGUACAGUAUUUCCUUCUGAAGGCACGCUUCACCCUGGUUUGAAUCAGUAUUAUCACUAUGAUUUUUCUCGUACGGGUGUGAGGAGGGGCAGGACAGUACGACGCGUCUCCCAGGGGUCACCCUCGGGGUAUGCAACCAGCUUCAGUGCUUGUGGGGCUUAAUAGUCGAUCCGCCCCAUGAUCACCCCCCUCCCUCAUGCCCACUGCACCCCCCUGCUGGUAUUGACUCUCCCGCUGAGUUCCUGUGCAUCUCGGACUCCCUGCGGAGUCAGUGUACACCCCAGGUGGACUCAGCCAGGUGCCAGUGCUGUGCCUGACCCCCCCCCCCCCCCCCCCCCCCGAUGGUCACAGCGACCGCAGAUAUUAACAUGGUGUGCAGGCUGCAGUGGGACCGGCGGCCCAGUGUUGGGGUUCGGCCGGGGCCCCCCUGCUUGCGGCACCAUUUCGGCAGGUAUUUCCACGUGCACGGCCUUGCACAGUGUCCACGUGCACGCCGCGUUCUGGCCACGCCCUUCUCUGAGGUGUUCUAGUGACCCAGCCAUAUCACACAGAGAAACAAGCCAAAUUUCCUUGCCUUUGAAAAAAUUGACGGUCCAAAUGGGUACUGGGCGCAAAGCUCUGUAACUUGGGGGACGGUUUGAUGACAGGUACUGCUCAAGGAGCCCGAGAACGAGACGAUGGCCGGUCCUCGAGGUAAGAGACAGAGAGGGGUUUGCACAGCACCUUGCAAGGCUGUCGAGAUCACCGCACCGCAUGUAAGCAAAAGACUCGUCUCUGUAGUGACUCGAGUCACCUUUACAUAAAUGGUGUUGGGGCACGCGGCACUCGAGAAGGAACCUGCCGGGCCGGCUUCUCAGCCUGGGGUGAGAGCUGUUCUCCCUCUGCCUGACUCUGCUCUCUCUCUCUCUCUCUCUCUCUCUCUCUCACGAGGGAUUUGGGUUCCUGCUCCCUUUAAAUCGCUGUAGAAGCUGGCGUCAGCUCUGAUCUCUCCCUUUAUCAGGGCUGGCUUGUUUGUACUAUGUUCUGCUGAUAUCACCACGUUUUUAUUCGAUUCCGUGUUCUAGAUAAAUGCCGGGAUAAAUAAUGAAACCCUUUUAAGAUGUCCAGUUUUACUGAAAGAAGAAAAAAAACCGGUGUACCGCUCCCUUCGCAAAAAUCCAAAGAUUGUCAUCAAUUUUAAAAGAAACACAAGCCAUGAAGAGUAGGGGUGAGGUUUCACUAUCCUUUUGUAGUAUUUCUACAUGGGCAAUAGUGAUGAGCACGAUGAAACUAUUUGCCUAUAAACUGAAAAAAAAAAGAAUUUGCAAAAUUUUGUCGCUACUUUUUUGUUUUAGUUUUAGAAAUUUUUGAAAACUUUAUUUCUUUUGUAUAGUCCGCCAAUUUCUUAGCUAAAUGCAAGACUCUUGAAAUGCUAAAACUUUAGCACAAUGCCUUAGAUCUGAUUCUCUGUCCUGUAUAUUCUUAUGAGGUUGUCAGUUGUAUUAUAUUUGUAUAGUGUUUGUGUACGACAGCGGAUGAGUGCGUCUCUCGCAGCAUUUCCCGCCGGGCGCCCCCUUCCGGCUCCCCGGCUGAUCCUCUCUGCUCAUCAUCUCCCAUCUUCUCCCUGAUCACUCGUGGGCUCAUAUUAUUUGUACAGUUUGUUUCUCAUGGACCGUUUUAUGGGUUACGGAUAUAAGAUGAUGCAACGGUAAAUUUAAGCAAUAUGUACAUUUACAUGGACUCUCCGGCGGAAGCUGGCAGUGUCGCGGGUUAAGACGUGUAAUUUUCCCAGUUGUGUUGUUCACAUUAAACAUAACGUUGUUCACCUGCACUGGUGUUUGUAAUGUUAGCGUGAGCAUUUUAUGCAAAGUUAGAUAUACUGAGAGAACUUUAAACACAUUUAUGCAAGUUGUCGACUAAUAUUGCUUUGCUGAUGCUAUUUGAUGUUAAAUAAUACCGUUGUAAAUAAAGAUUUCUGUUACCGCA